AUGAGGAUCGGCUCCUGUCUACCUGAAGACAUGGUUAGAGAAAUUCUAUUAAGAUUACCAGUUCAAUCUUUGCUUCGAUUCCAGACCGUCUGUAAACAAUGGCUGGCUCUGAUUACAAGCUCCAACUUUAUUGACACUCACUUCCAACAUCGCCCAAAACAGUCUAUCAUGCUCUCACGCGGUUCCUCGUCUUACAUGAAUUAUAGCAUGUCGCUGCUUAGUGAUGGAAAAAGUAGACUUGAAAAUCGAAAGGUAUCACCAUCCAUGAUCAACCGUAACAGUACAGAUUAUGCAUGUAUUGUGGGUUCUGCCAAUGGUUUAGUUUGUGUCCGGGGCAUAUCUAGUAUUUAUAACGGUGACAGUGUUAUCAGUUAUAUUUUAUGGAAUCCAGCAACAAGAGUACAUCGGCACCUGCCCUCUCCCGUCUCUAAGAGAUUUGAUGAUAUUUUUGGUUAUAAAUGUGCCUCGGGGUUUGCUUUCCAUCCUGAAACAAAAGACUACAAAUUGCUUAUGGUUGAUGACUCAUCACCUAAGUGCCUCAAAGCUGAAGUUUUCUCAUUGAGGACAAGUUCUUGGAAACAAGUUAAUCAGACAAAUCCUUUGGGUGGAUGUGUUCAUGAAGGUUCAGUGGUUGUGAAGGGAAUAUGGUAUCAUAUAGCUUUUCCAAAGGAUCAAACCACGUUAAAGAAUCAAAGAGUGCUGCCUAUUCUAAAGUUUGACAUGGUCAGUGAUGCUUUCUCGAAGAUGGAAGUUGAGCUGCCUUAUGAUGAUAUCGGUAACAAAAACAUAAGCCUUAUGACGUACAAAGAAGUACUUGCUAUGAGUGCAUACUGGGACGAAGCAUCAACUUGGAGGCUUGAUAUAUGGACAAUGAAGAAUGAGUGUUGGACAAAGCUGUUCAUGUGUAGACCCUUUCCCGAAAGCAUAACUACUUUGGGAUAUGAGCACUAUGAAGAUUUUAAAUUAAGGCCUUUGGGAAUUUGGAAUGAUAAAGAAAUUAUACUGUUUGAAUAUUCUUGGUCACUUCAUCCUUAUCAGUUGCAUUUGUACGAUCCCUUGACCAAAAAAUCAAAUGUGGUUAUCAGACACCAACAGCAUGAAUUCCAUGCCGCAGCUCAUACUUAUGUGGAGAGCCUCGUUUCAGUCUACGGUACUAGUGGCAUGCAAGGUGCAGCAGAUGGUGAUGGAAGGGAGAGGAAAACUGAAGUCAUCUGA